AUGGAGCGUUCAUUGGCGGAUAUACUUAGAGAAGAACGUCAGAUCGGUCACAAAGGAGAUGGUGGUUGGAAAGCAGUUGCUUAUAACACCGCUGCUGCCAUAUUGUCUGCGCAAUUUGAUAUUGAAGUAAGUGCUGAUAACAUAAGAAAUCGUGUUAAAACUUGGAAAAGGUUUUAUGGUAUAGUCAGUGAUAUAUUAAGUCAGAGUGGAUUCAAUUGGGAUGCAACAAAGAAGAUGAUCAGUGUAGAUGAAGACAAUGUUUGGGAUGAGUAUGUGAAGUCUCAUGAAGAUGCUAGAACUUUUCGAUUUAAAGUGAUUGCAAACUGGGAUGACAUAGUGGAUUUAUGUGGCAAAGAUAGAGCUACGGGAGAGGGUGUGAAACAUGUGUAG